AUGGACCACAGAGGACAGGACGCUGCCCGCGCCACAAAGUCAGUGCCCAACUCUGGAGAGCUCCAGCUGUCCCCUUCACAAGUGCCCACCCCCCGGGAACGCCACCUAAAUCCAUACAUAAGUGCAAGGUAAUCGUCCCGAUGAGAUCGGCGGAUAUGAUCGUGGAGGUCUGCGGCUAGUCGGCUCCAAGCAGAGAGCAGUGCAGGGGAUGAGAGCGCAGAGUGAGCCGGGGGGCGGGGACGAGUGCACGGCCACAAAAGUUUCCUGACAUCCCUGGAAGACACAACAGAGGACGCCAGGGGUCACAGAACCGCGGCGUGUGCCCGGGACCCGACGACGAUGUGACCUUCGUGCCUGUGUGUGCGCCCGGGAGGAGAGACAGCAGCUAAUUGCCGGAGCCCAUCCCUCUCCCCCGCCCCCAGCAGAUAAUCGCUGUGUAUUAUUCACCAUUAUACCGGCACAUGCGCACUGGCCCCCGCACCGGCACCGGCUCAUUCCCCUCAUUUUCCAACUCGGCUAUUUGUGAACUAUUUUUUUUUAUUUGCCACUGAUGUAUCUGCAAAAUAGCAGCGACGAGUCCCAGCUCCCAGCAGCAGCAGCAUGUCUCGUCGUAAGCAAGCCAAGCCCCAGCACCUGAGAUCGGACGAGGAGAUCGGCAGCACCGAGGUGCUCACUGACAGCAACGUACCUGGGGAAGGACCAGAUGAUGGGGACAGCGGGAAUGAAAGCCGAAGUGGAAGUGAGGAGACCAACGUUUGUGAAAAAUGCUGUGCUGAAUUCUUUAAAUGGACUGACUUCUUAGAGCACAAAAAGACCUGCACUAAAAACCCACUUGUGCUGAUUGUAAAUGAUGAUGUAGCAGCACCGGCCUCUGAAGAGUUUCCUGAACCAUCUCCUGCAAGCUCUUCAAGUGAUCACGCAGAGAGCGAGACUGCAGAGGAAGCUGUCCAGGUAGAAAAUAAUGAAACUUGUGAUAUAAAAGAAGCAGAAAAGGAAGAGGAACCCAUGGAAGUUGAAACCACUGAAGAAAAAUUUUUUCCAAAUCAAGAAGCCUCAAACACUUCUACUCCUCUACCUCAGAUACCUGAUCCAUCUUCCAUAACUAAUUACAACAUGCCAAACACUAAUGUUACAUUAGAGACACUUCAAAGUACAAAAGUGGCAGUAGCACAGUUUUCACAGAAUGCACGGUGCAUCGGUGGUACAGGUGCCGCCACUGCAGCUACAGCUAUGGCAAUUCCAAUGAUUCUAGAACAGCUGAUGGCACUGCAACAGCAGCAGAUCCACCAGCUGCAGCUCAUUGAACAAAUACGCAGUCAGGUUGCACUGAUGAAUCGUCAGCCACUACGUCCUCCAUUGACCUCUUCAGUUCCAGCACAAAAUCCUCCAAUUCCAACACCCAGUCAGCUGCAGAGCUUUGCUGCACAUCCAAGCCUUCAGUUAACACCUGUAGUCCCACCCACCCUUGCAGGACCAGUAUCUAACAAUCAACCACCAUCAUUCGAAAAUCCACCACACACAUCACAGCCUGCCUCUGGGGCAAGUACCCCAAAUAUCCCAUGUUCUGUCUCUUGUACACCAACAGAAACAAGCACAUCCUUAUUAACUAAUGCUAAAUCGACAUCUGUAACACCUAGCCCUGUGCCCAAUACAACCACCAAUACUACUUAUCCUCAGAGCUCAUCUACUCCUCCAUCCAUUGGACAUGGAAAUAUCCUCACCUCACCUUCCAGUUUGCCAAGCCCACUUCUACCUCAGAGUUCUUCAAAUAGUGUGAUCUUCCCCAAUCCACUUGUAAGCAUAGCUGCAACUGCUAAUGCUUUAGAUCCCCUUUCUGCACUUAUGAAACAUCGUAAGGGAAAGCCACCUAAUGUAUCAGUGUUUGAGACCAAGUCCAGUUCUGAGGACCCAUUUUUUAAACAUAAAUGCAGAUUUUGUGCCAAGGUCUUUGGAAGCGAUAGUGCUUUACAGAUCCAUUUGCGAUCUCAUACAGGUGAAAGGCCCUUUAAAUGUAAUAUAUGUGGAAAUCGGUUUUCCACAAAAGGCAAUCUAAAAGUUCACUUUCAGAGACAUAAAGAAAAGUAUCCCCAUAUUCAGAUGAAUCCAUAUCCUGUUCCAGAAUAUCUUGACAAUGUCCCAACUAGUUCUGGAAUACCAUAUGGAAUGUCUCUUCCACCUGAAAAGCCAGUAACAACAUGGUUAGAUAGUAAGCCAGUAUUGCCAACAAUCCCAACAUCAAUUGGUUUGCAACUCCCUCCUACAAUACCAGGUGUUAACAGCUAUGGUGAUUCACCAAGCAUUACCCCAAUGAACCGAUCACCUCAAAGGCCAUCUCCUGCAUCAAGUGAAUGCAAUUCUUUGUCGCCGAGAAUAAAUCAUACUGAAACAUGCAUGGUAACAUCAGCAGAAUCUCCACAAUCUGCUCAGACAGCCACUACUACUGUCCCAAAAACGGAACCCAUUGUCCUUUCUCUUACAGCUGCAAGAACAGCUGAACAGCCAGCAAGUGGACAGAUAUCCUCUCCUGUGACAACAUCUAUUCCCACACUAACAGACACCAGUAUAUCAACAAGCCUCCCAAAUCCAGUGCUUCCAACCAUUCCAGACCAGUUCAAAGCAAAAUUUCCAUUUGGUGGUCUUCUAGAGUCUAUGCAAACAUCGGAAACAUCAAAACUGCAACAGCUAGUUGAGAACAUUGAUAAAAAGAUGACAGAUCCAAAUCAAUGUGUCAUUUGUCAUCGAGUGCUUAGCUGUCAGAGUGCUCUUAAGAUGCAUUACAGAACCCAUACAGGAGAGAGACCAUUUAAAUGCAAAAUUUGUGGACGUGCUUUUACUACUAAGGGAAAUUUGAAAACUCAUUUUGGUGUUCAUCGGGCAAAACCUCCAUUAAGAGUUCAGCAUUCAUGUCCAAUUUGUCAGAAAAAGUUUACAAAUGCUGUUGUCCUGCAGCAACAUAUCCGUAUGCAUAUGGGUGGACAGAUUCCUAAUACUCCCUUACCCGAGGGCUUCCAAGAUGCAAUGGACUCUGAGCUUUCCUAUGAUGAAAAUAAUCUUGAUACACUGAGCAAUUAUGAUGAGGAUUUUGAUGAUAAUUCAAUGGAUGAUGAUCUAGACAUGAAAGAUACUGCAAAUGAUCCUUCUAAGCCUCUGAUACCAUACUCUGACUCAUCACCUUCCUCUCCUCCCACUGUCAUUUCAAGUAUUGCUGCUUUAGAAAAUCAGAUGAAAAUGAUUGACUCUGUUAUGACUGCACAGCAAUUUAUUGGGUUAAAAAACUUGGAAAAUGGAUCAGGAGAAAGUGAUCGCCUAAGCAACGAUUCGUCUUCUGGUGCAGGAGAUCUUGAGAGCCAAAGUGCAGGCAGUCCUGCAAUGUCUGAGACCUCAUCAAUGCAGGUUUUGUCACCUGCCCAUAGUCAUAGUGAAAGCAUCAGAUCAAAAUCCCCCCACGUAGUUAACCACGAAGAGCCACCAGAACUACAGCUUAAGACAGAAAAGCCCGACAGUCCCUUGCCUGCCCCAGAGACUGAAGGUGCACUGGAUCUGACAUCCACGAACCCUGUGAGACCAAUCAUCAAAGAAGAGGGCCCUUUUAGCCUGCUGUUCCUGAGCAGAGAACGUGGUAAGUUUAAAAGUACUGUUUGUAAUAUCUGUGGCAAGCCUUUUGCUUGCAAAAGUGCAUUGGAAAUUCACUACCGCAGCCACACUAAAGAACGGCCAUUUAUUUGUACAGUCUGCAAUCGUGGGUGUUCCACUAUGGGUAAUUUAAAACAACACUUACUGACACACAAAUUGAAAGAGCUCCCAUCUCAGAUAUUUGAACCCAACUUUACUCUAGGUCCCAGCCAAACUACUACUAGCCUGGUCACCAGCACAGCGCCUGCCAUGAUCAAAAUGGAAGUGAAUGGUCACACCAAGCCGAUCUCAUUGGGUGAAGGUCCUCACCUUCCAGCUGGAAUCCAGGUUCCUGCUGCACCACAGACAGCGAUGAGCCCAGGCAUCACUCCUAUGCUGGCACCCCCUCCACGACGAACUCCCAAGCAACACAACUGUCAUUCGUGUGGGAAGACCUUCUCUUCAGCAAGUGCACUACAGAUACAUGAACGUACUCAUACUGGUGAAAAGCCAUUUGGUUGCACAAUCUGUGGUAGAGCAUUUACCACAAAAGGGAAUCUUAAGGUCCAUAUGGGGACUCACAUGUGGAAUAAUGCUCCAGCAAGACGUGGUCGUAGACUUUCUGUGGAAAACCCCAUGGCUUUGUUAGGAGGAGAUGCACUGAAGUUUUCUGAAAUGUUUCAGAAAGAUUUGGCAGCUCGAGCGAUGAAUGUUGACCCCAAUUUUUGGAAUCAGUAUGCUGCUGCUAUCACAAAUGGGCUGGCUAUGAAAAACAAUGAAAUUUCUGUUAUACAGAACGGAGGCAUUCCCCAGCUUCCAGUCAGUUUAGGUGGAAGUGCAAUUCCACCUUUAAGCAACAUGUCCAGUGGGAUGGACCGAUCACGUACUGGUAGCAGCCCUCCUAUCAUUACUAUGGACAAAUUGGGCUCUGAUUCUAUUGUAAAACGACCAUUCACAAGGUUUAUUGAGGAAAACAAGGAAAUUGGCAUAAACUGAGUGCAAUUGAAAACACAAAAACAAAACUCUCCAAGACUCCUCUCCUCAAGUGUUGUACUAUUUCUUGUACAGUUUUUUUUGAAUUUAUCACAGUGACCUAACCCAUAUUCCCACUGCCCUCUCCUAUAGCAGAAAUGCAGAGACUUGUGGAUGCUGAAGAGAUGUAUUUUCAAGAUUGUGCAUGGUACUUUCAGCAGUUAAACUGACUGGAAUGGACUUUUUCAUCUUUAAACAUUAUUCAAAAUUCAUUGGAUAACAAGUGGACACAGGCAAACAAAAGCUGUGUGUGUUUGAUAUGAAAUGAUUCAACUUGUGUAAAAACAAUGACUUCUUUGUCCAAAAUAAUUGCUGGCUUUGUUCAAAUUAGAUAUAAACUUGAAGUCUGUUUGUAAGGAUUCUAAUACAGUACUAAAUAAUCUGAGUUUAGCAUUCCAAAAUGCUGUGUAUUAUUACAGUAUCCUUGUCUGUAAUAUUUAUAACAUUAUGCGGGUACUCAAGAUAAAAAAAAAACCCUAUUCAAUUUUGUACAGCAAGAUACAGCUGAAUUUGUGACCUUUUCUUAGCAAUUUUUGUUUGCUAUAAUCCAGUGCUGUUUAUUCCAAUGCAGGCAAAAUUGUGACAUUUUUAUUUGGACGAUAGCAUGCUAUACAUGUGCAAGUAUCUGUCUGUAAAAAAAAUCCUUUUAUUUAAAUAUUUGUAGCUGCUAUGUGGACAGUCAUUCAAUAUAAAAGAGAAAAUGUAUGGAGAAAUAGUUUGAUGGAUGGAAAGCAACUCACAGUCAAAAAAAAUUUCACUCUAAAGUGUUCAUCAUAGGAAGCUGUGAAUAAAAAAAAAUCUUCAUGUUAACUUCACUGUACAAUAAAAGAUAAUGUUUGUA